CAUAAAAAUGGCCGGCAAGUCUACCAGCAAGCACUCCAAGAAGGACAGAUCAGCCAGCAAGGCUGAGAAGAAGUCCAAGAAGAAGGAGGUCGCCAAGAAGCAGGAGCAGGCUUCGAGUUCCUCGGAUUCAUCCGAUUCGUCUGAUUCGUCUGAUUCGUCCGACUCUGACAGCUCUGACAGCUCUGACAGCUCCGACUCUGAGCCUGAGACUAAGGCCGAGUCCAGCAGCUCCAGCUCCAGCUCCAGCUCCAACUCUAGCUCCAGCUCCAGCUCCAGCUCUGAUUCCGACAGCUCUGACAGCUCCGACUCUGACAGCGAGUCCGAGUCCGAGGAGGAGAAGAAGGAGGAGAAGAAGGAAGAGUCUAGCUCCAGCAGCUCUGACUCGUCUGACAGCGAGUCCGAGUCCGAGUCCGAGUCCGAGGAGUCCGACGAGAAGGAGGAGUCCAGCGACAACAAGCGCAAGGCUUCGUCUGAGGAGGACGAGGCAGAGGUUGAGGAGGAUGCCUCGACCAAGCGCCCCAAGAGCGAUGACGCCGAGUCGACGACGACCGUCUUCACAGCCAACCUUCCGUUCGGCCUGGAUGAUGAGACCCUCAAGCAGUCGUUCGCCGACUUUGGCUCGGUCACCGACGCGUAUGUUGCGCGCCUUCCCAACGGCCGUGCCCGCGGCUUCGGCUACGUCGACUUCACGACCACCGAGGAGCGCGAUUCGGCUCUUAACGCCGGCGCCAUCGAGAUCGAGGGCCGCGAGGUGCGCAUCGAGGAGAGCAACAAGACUGCCACUGCCCACCGUGCCCGCGCCGAGGCCGACGCCCAGCGCCAGGAGAGCGAGCCGUCGACCACGCUGUUCAUUGGCAACCUCUCGUUCCAGACGUCCGAGGACUCGAUCCGCGCUGCGUUUGCCGAGUGCGGUACCAUCACUGACAUCCGCCUCGCCACCGACCGCGAUACCGGCCGCCCCAAGGGAUUCGGCCAUAUCCAGUUCUCGACUGUUGAGGAGGCCCAGGAGGCCAUGAAGUGGAACCAGUCGGAGCUCGACGGCCGUACCAUCCGUCUUGACUACGCGCAGGGCCGUCAGGGCGGCGGUGGUCGCGGCGGCUUCG